UGUUGUCGACGAUCCCGGCUCUAAGUUUAUUCAAUGAAUUGUCUUUGAACCGUCCUUGUUAAGUAAUCCGUGCAAAAUUGAGAGUCUCGGAUCGAUGGAUGUUUGGGGAAAUUUCAUCGGAAGUGCUGGACUUGUUACUGCAAUUUGCAUCCUUGAAGUGCAAGAAUGGAAAAAGCAGCUGGGAAUUGAGAAUAAUUUCGAAUCGAUGCAUAGUUUGAGCAAAAGAGUGAUAGGGAACGCAGAAUGACAGAGCUCUGAAUUUACGUUUCCAGCCACAAGCUUUAAACAGCAAUCUCUGUAAAGAUCCAUAAUGGAUAAGCUCUUAUCCUCUUCACUCUGUGAUUCUGAAAGCUUGGACUGGACGCAAUCUGAAGUUCAAUAUCAAAACAAUAUGAGCUUCGUAGGCGAUUCUCAAUUUCCUAUGAGCGCAUCCAUAUGUCUCGACAGUCAAGUUAUCGAAGACAAAUGUGUGAGCCAAUACCCGUUGUUUCCAGCGGUCUUUCCAGACAGUAUCGAAACAACAGCAUCGCUUGACAUGGGACGCUGGGAUUUGGCAGCUGGGGAGGCCAAGUCUCAGGCUUCCGCUGAUCAUCCGGAGGCCGUAAUGUGUCCUCCUCCUUCCCUCGAUACUCAAGAGUUUGAAAUCAGAUUUGCCAGAUCAGACCAUCUAUCGUCUCUAGAGUGCGAGUCCAUAGAGAGGUCAUCCCUGGGUCGCUGGGAUUUUGCUGACGGUGAGGCCAUUUCGCAAGCUCUCAUUCGUCCUCUACGUGAAGCAGAAACACCGCCGUGUCCUCAAGCUUCCCUCGAAACUCAAGAAUUCGAAAGAAGAUGCGUGGAACCAGUAGGCAAGACAUCUGUGAACUAUCUAGAUACACCAAUGAAUUCAUCACCAAAUACAUCGGGCUUUUCGGAUUCGGGCGAUAUCAAGGAUAGUCCAAGGUCUCUUUCAAAUUUUUUUGUGGGCGAGAACAAUACCCUUCGGUCUCCCGCGGCUCUCGACGAUCAUGAACACAACUUGGAGGUGGGAUUCAACAGGCAAAGUGAUCUUUUAUCAUUGAAAUCUUUGGAGCACGCAGAACUGACUCGUGGACAGCAGAAAUCGCAGAUACCUCUCGAUGAAUUCCAUAAUGACACUCGAAAACAACCCCGUCUUGUACAUUCGAGGACCCAUCAAGAAGCUCCUUCGCCAUGGGUAGACAGUAAGGACUUAUCGGCUGUACAACCUAUUGCGUCCCUGGACUUGGCAGAAAACAAUUCUAGUAAAGUGAGUCCCUUUCUCAACCGGAGCGAGUCACACUCUCAAAGGAAUGAUGUCGAGGAUAACGCAGAUAUUUCAAAGGAUGGUCUUGUCAACUGUAAGUCUUCCGAUAGCGCUGAGCAUAUAGGCCACGAAACUAAGACCGGCUUCCCACUUCUACAUUCCCAAGAUUUAGUGACGACAACCGAAUCUCAGGUGGCAGUUGGGUCUGCAGGUAUCUCUGCGGGCUUGCUAGAUGUUCCUGUAUUUGACCGUACGACAGAAAAACACAGUAUUGUAAAUGGCCGUAUAAAGAAGAGAAAAAAUCAGAACCUCCCUUUAUCGCGUGAUGACAUGAGGUCGCCGACUACUCCAACGCGCUCCGUUAUUAAACUUGGCAGAAUAUUGGGAGGCAAUACCGCUCCAUGUCGCAGUCCUUUGAGACCACUUAGAUUAUCUUCAAGCAUUGUUACUGAUGAGAAAUAUGGACGAGUUACCGAAGCAAAACAGAGCUACGAACUGAAGGGUGUGAAAAUUGAGGCAGAAUGUCUUGAGAAUUUGGCUCGUGCUGCAGUGCGAGAGAUCUUUCCAUCUGAGCAAACGUAUCCCACGGGGAAGGAGAACGUGGGCUGUCAUAGAACACUAAAGCAACUGGAUGCCGCCAUGUCGGCCACGUUCAAGACAAUAAAAAGAGAACUGCAAUCCGACAACGGACCCAAGCAAAUUACACUGUUGGUUACAAGCACUAUCGGGAAAAGUCAUUCUUCAGUAAAAACCCAAUCGUCAUCGCCUGUCGGGUCGAAUAGUCACCAUGCAAAAGCUAAAGUGCCCGAGGACCAUGAGCAGACCCAAGAAUGGCGUUGUCCACAGGCCAGCAAAAGGCUUCUCUACAAUAAGCCAAGACAACGCUCUCUUGAUGGAUGGUUGAAGUGACAGCAUGCAAGCUAGGUGAUCUGAACAUUCAACUCUUCCAGCACUGUACUGUUCUGACGUAGAUCAAUCAGUCAGAUUGUACGGAAGUUGCAGACUGCAAGCUCUACAAGCUAAGAUGGAUUUCAAGCGAUGCAACGUGCAAAUAGGUGGAGAAAGCCUAUUCUCUCACUUCCAAAAUCUACGACAAAAUGAGACGAAGACAGGAUGGGGAUUGCAGGAGCAUGGAAGUAACUACAAUUUCAGGCUGCUGUCUCUAGUAAUUAGCCAAAAUCUGACAAGUAUAUAUUACCACUGGGCCCGGGGUUUUAUCUAGGCUGUGAUGAUUUAAAGACCCAUGGAGAAUUUUUUUGAAGUAUGGAAGCCAGCCAGUCGGUGAGUGAUGACAAAGUUGAGUUCUGGCCGCAGCCGGCGUAUAGAACUGAUAUUCAAAUGAACGCACUUCACAUAUAUCAG